AUGGGCAUUUUUUCAUGGUGUUUUGAUUGUGAUUGCUUCAAAGGACAAUCUCAAACAACACUUUAUGAACCUUUGUUAGAAGAUAGAGAAAGAGAAGCUGUUUCGGAUCUUUUACAAUAUCUUGAAAGUAGACCAGAUGUUAAUUUCUUCAGUAGCGAGCCAUUGUCUGCACUUACAACACUUGUUUAUUCUGAUAACCUUGAUCUUCAAAGGAGUGCAGCACUUGCAUUCGCGGAAAUAACAGAAAAGGAGAUAUGUGAAGUAGGUGCAGAUGUACUUGAGCCAGUGAUAUUCCUUCUUGGAAGUUCUGAUGUUGAAGUUCAAAGAGCUGCAAGUGCUGCAUUGGGAAACUUAGCAGUUAAUAUGGAAAACAAAUCAUUAAUUGUUAAAAUGGGAGGCUUAGGGCCUUUAAUAGAGCAAAUGUCAUCUACUAAUGUGGAAGUUCAAUGUAAUGCAGUAGGAUGUAUUACUAAUCUGACAACUCAUGAUGAGAACAAAACAAAAAUAGCCAAUUCAGGCGCAUUAAAUCCUUUAAUUAAAUUAGCCAAAUCUAGAGAUACAAGAGUGCAAAGAAAUGCUUCUGGUGCUCUUUUAAAUAUGACUCAUUCAGAUGAAAAUAGACAACAAUUGGUUAAUGCAGGGGCAAUUCCAACCCUUGUAUCUCUUCUUUCCUCACCUGAUGUCGAUGUGCAGUACUAUUGCACUACUGCUCUAAGCAAUAUUGCAGUAGAUGCCUCAAACAGAAGAAUGUUGAGUCAAACAGAACCACAACUCGUUGAAUUUCUUGUAUCUUUAAUGAAUUCUUCAAAUCCAAAAGUUCAAUGUCAAGCAGCACUUGCAUUAAGAAACUUGGCUUCCGAUGAAGAAUAUCAAUUGGGAAUAGUAAAGGCUAAUGGGUUGCCUUCAUUGCUUCGUUUAUUACAAUCUUCAUUUUUUCCUCAUGUAUUAUCCUCUGUUGCAUGCAUUCGAAACAUAUCAAUACAUCCUUUAAACGAAUCACCUAUUAUUGAUGCCUCGUUUUUAAAACCUCUAGUAAAACUCCUUUCAACUAGUACUCAUGAGGAAAUUCAAUGCCAUGCUAUUUCUACUUUAAGAAAUUUAGCAGCAAGUAGUGAACGAAAUAAAUGUGCAAUUGUUGAAGCAGGAGCGGUGCAGAAAUGCAAACAGCUUAUUCUUGAUGUGCCUGUAAAUAUUCAAAGUGAAAUGACAGCAUGUAUUGCUGUUCUUGCACUUAGCGACAAUUUAAAAGGACACUUGUUGUCUCUUGGGGUUUGCGAUGCUCUUAUUAUGUUAACAAGUUCUCCAAGUAUUGAAGUGCAAGGGAAUAGUGCUGCUGCAUUAGGUAAUCUAUCAUCUAAAAGUAAAAAUUUUGGUCAUCAAAAAGAAAGCGUGGCUUGUACAGCAAAUGAUUAUAUACCAUUUAUUAAUGCAUGGAAUGAGCCAGGCGACGGUGUUCAUGGUUAUUUGUGUCGUUUUUUAUCUAACGAAGAUAUAACAUUCCAACAUAUUGCAGUUUGGACACUUUUGCAAUUACUAGAAUCAGAAAAUAAAAAACUUAUAAAUUUAAUUCAAACAAGUUCUGAAAUUAUAUCAUUAAUUCAAAACAUAUCUACUAGAGAAAUUCAGGAAGAAGGCGAAGGUGAAGUUAUUAUUUUGGCGAGAAAAGUUGAUGAAAUGAUAAGAAAUUCUGAAAUAUAA